AUGAAUGGGGGAUCCCGGUGGCAUAGACAGAAUGGAGGAGACGUUUGUUCGAAAGAGUCGACUCCUCUCAAAGGAUCCUCUCGGAGAGCCUCGGAAAGAGUAUCCGGGAGACCUCGGGAGAGUGUGAGCCGAAAGAGAAAAGCCAAAGAGCGCUGCACGUCCUUCAUUGCGGUUCUAGCGGCUGUUUUGGCAAUGUGUAUUGGAGUGGCCCUUUUCCUCACAGACACGGUUCGAGGCUGGUAUGAUACCUUUCAAGACACAAAACACGACAACGAUAAACAGCAUCAACAGGAAUACGAUGAAAUUGGGCGCUACAUUGUAGAUGACUAUGACACAAAACCAGCUUUUGCAGACUUCUUACCGGGCUUGGCUGGAAUCUAUGGAAAGCCACUAUAUGCAUUCUACACAAACCGAGGACAGGGGAUCGCUUCGUUUGGUGUAAAAUCAAAAGACUAUCCCAUCAUGGAGUUCCAGUCCGCCAAAAAGGCAUACCAGUCAACGGCACUCGUGGGAUUCAGAACCUUCCUGCAGGGGUCUCGAGGAACACAACACUUUCUCACAGAACCCUUUGGGGCCUUAACAACUCGCUUUCCAAAUGUUGUCAAAUCUGAUUACACAUUGACACCCAACACACUCGCAGCGCCAUUCUACCUGCCCAAACGAACCAUGUACAUUGGGCGCAAUGAAGUGCAAAUCCGUGAGGUUGAUACUGCACACAAAAUCGAAACCAAUGUAUCAUAUUUCGUUCUGCCGGAAGAGGACUUUGGAGCGUUCGUACGGCGUGUGACUAUUGUCAACACCGACAACAGACAACCACUGGUCCUGUCUGCUUUGGAUGGCCUCGCACGAAUGGAACCAGCCGGUGGAAAGCUAGACGGGUACUUGAAGGACAUGGGAAACACACUCGAGGGCUUUAUGAACGUAUUCAGCCCAUAUAACAAUACACAGACCAUGCCCUUCUACCGAGUGACGUCUCAGCCAUCUGACACCGAGGCGACAACAGCACAAAUUGCGGGACAUUACUGUCUCGCUAUGAUUGAAGGAGAACCGCAGUCGCAGCUCUUGCCCAUCAUUUAUGACCCGUCGACUAUAUUCGGAGACGAUACAUCCCUGAUUCGACCGAUACGCCUCAUGUCACGAACUGUACGUGAUAUCAUUGCAGGGCCUCAGUAUGGGGCGGCCAAAACGCCGUCAGCGUUUGCAGCAGUGGACUCGAAAACACUGAAACCUGGCGAAUCUGUCACCAUUACCUCUUUCUACGGAAAGGCAGCUCAUAUUAUGGAUGUUCCAGUCGUUGCCAGGAGGAUCCAACAGCCGGGGUUUGGCCAGUACAAGCAAACGAGGCUUCGGGAGAUUGUCAGACAGAUAACCGCACAGAUAGAGACCAAAACAGCCAACAAACUAUUCGAUGGGUACGUCAAACAGAUGUUCCUGGAUAGCAGCUUAAAUGGGGGCGUCCCUACCCUGCUUGGCGAGGUGGACGACGACGCCUUGAUGAGAAGCGUUGACGAAGACGAACGUUUGAAGGUAUAUCACUUGUUUUCGAGGAUCCACGGUGACUUGGAACGCGAUUACAACGACUUCGAAGUCAGUCCCACAUUUUUUUCCGAGGGACCUGGGCGCUUCAACGACCUUGCGCAGCACCGCAGAAACGAUGUUUUCUUUGCGCCUCGUGUUGGCAGUUUCAAUGUUAGACUGUUCCUAUCGCUCCUGCAAGCCGACGGGUACAAUCCGCUGACGGUCGAGUCUGUUUCGUUUACUAUAUCUAACAAAAUCAUAUGCAAUGAGCUGGCUGCCGCAGCUGUGGGCCAGGCUGAUGGACACAGAGCCCAACGGGAGAAACUGAGCGACAUCCUGAACGGGGGGCCUUUUCGCCCUGGCCAGCUCUUCGAGCUCAUGGCUGAGGCCAACAUGGAGCUAAUCAUCCCAAUUCACACUUUCAUCGACAGGAUUGCAGCUGCCAGCGAGAUUCAUCCAAUGGGCGUAUUCGGCUCUGGGUUUUGGGCUGAUCAGUUCUCCUACUUUAUGGACUUCAUCGAAUCGUACCUGGAGAUUUACCCCGACCAGGAAGAGCGGCUGCUCUUUAAUGAAAAGCUCAAAUUUUUCUACUCUCCAGCCUCAGUUAGACCAAGGAACGAAAAAUAUGUUGUGUCUGUGAGCUUUAGUGGCAACGGAAAGCACAUUCGACAACUCGAUGCAGUGGCUCACGAUCAGGAAAAGGUUGACUAUCAAAUGAGGUAUUUCGUGAACACAACUGGGAGGUUGGAUUUGGAGGCGAAUUGGCAACACGAUUCCAACGGUAACAUUUUUCAAAGCACCGUGGUUGAAAAGUUGAUCUUGUUGGCUACUCUCAAGUUCAGCACGAGAUGCCCCUAUGGUAUGUCCAUUGAGUACGAGGCGGGGAAGCCAGGAUACAACUCAGCAAUGAACGGAAUCCCCAGCAUGAUUGGAAGCGGUGUCGCGGAAGCCUACGAGCUUCUGCGCCUUCUUAGGUACCUCUCUUCGGUGGUCAACCGUUUCCCUCAACCAAUUCAGAUUCCUGUGGAACUAUUCGAUUUGUUGAUGGCUGUGAAUAAAGCGCUGGAAGCUCUGCUGCAGCACGCUGAUCUGCAAGGAGAUAGCGAACUGUCAGAGUCUGUCCCUACUAGUCGUUUUGAAUACUGGGACAGGGUUGCCAGUUCUCGAGAAUCUUAUCGAGAGAGAGUACGAGUGGUUUUUGAUGGCGAGACUAAAUCGGUCGGCGCCGACUUUUUACAAUCAACUCUUGACAUGUGGAUCAAAGAAGUGGUAGACGGUUUAGACAGAGCCUCGCAUUUUGGGUCCCGCGGGGAGGGAGACGAUGGCAGUAGUGGUCUUCCGCCAACCUAUUUUUCCUACAACGUGACGAAGUGGAAGAAGAAUGGUGAACUGAACUCCGACCUACACCCCUUUGCCAAUGCAUCCGCAAUGGUAAUGAACAGAUUCCCUCUUUUCUUGGAGGGCCCCACAAGGAUGAUGCAGACCUCUUCUCCCGCUGAUGCAAGAAAGGUGUACUCCAGAGUACGAGCAUCUCACCUACGAGACAAGAACCUGGGGAUGUACAAGCUCAGCGGCAGCUUGAAUGGACAGAGCCGUGAUAUUGGCAGAGCCACAGCAUUUGCACCUGGAUGGCUUGAAAACGAAUCUAUUUGGAUGGAAAUGUCUUACAAAUUCUACUUCCAACUCCUCGACAAAAACAUGGUGCAAGAGUUCUUUGGGGAGAUGCUUUCAGGAGGUCUCUUGCCUUUUAUGGACCCAAGUCAAUAUGGAAGAUCAUUGAUGGAAUGUUCUGCUUUUCUCGCUUCUUCUGCCUUUGAAGACCCUUCGAAGCAUGGUAGAGGCUUUUAUGCACGUUUGACGGGGGCAACCUCUGAGUUUUUGAGGAUGUGGGUGCGAAUGAUGAUUGGCAAGAAGCCGUUCUUCGUGGUUGAAGACACGGGGGAGCUAAGGAUGCAGCUUCUGCCAUCUCUGCCGAAAUGGCUUUUCCUCGAAGGACAAGACCAGAGAAACUCCUCAGAGGUACCAUCGAUUACUUUCAAGCUCUUCGGGUCUAUUCAAGUUUCAUAUCAUAAUGAGCGAAGGGAUGACCUUGUUCAGAUUCCACCCUAUCGUUACGUUGUGGGCUAUCGUGAUGGGUCAACAUUUGAAGUGCAGGGAGCAACCAUCCCAUUUGGCCUCGCUGAUAAGAUCAGGCGUGUCGUGUUUGUAGCCUCGAUCGAUGUCUACUAUCGUUAG